AUGACCUCAGCCUCUGCAAAAACCGGUGCCACAUCUCAAGUUUCUGCAAGUGGAAGCAAGAUUGGAGGGGAGCAGAGUGAAAAUUCACAAAUCACUCAGCGAUCGUUGUACGGAAAUGUGAAGCCACCAAAAAUGUCGGAAGAGUCGUUACCAAAACCCAAUAAAAAUUUGGAGCAUCUUGAGAGAAAAUUGAAAGGAAGUCUCAGAUGUGGUGUGGGAUGUCUCGUUGUUGGAGUGAUUCUUGCUUCUGGACUCAUCUUUUUGGCAUUUCUGGCGUUUCGAGGAAAUGUAAUCUUUCCGGAUAUUCCGGAUAUGAAAGAAUUUAUGACUGUUCAUAAGGGAUAG